UGCCGUCUCCCUGGCGACGGGCCUCACAGUCGCUUCGUCUGUUUCUGUGCGAAAUUAUGAAGAAAUUCGACAAGAAAAACGAGGAGACGGGAGGUGGAUGCAAUCCUUACCAGCAACUGGAAAAAAGUGUUGUCCUUCAAGAGGCCCGUAUAUUCAAUGAAACUCCACUGAAUCCAAGAAGAUGUUUACAUAUCCUUACAAAGAUCCUCUAUCUGCUCAACCAGGGAGAACAUUUCGGAACAACAGAAGCCACAGAAGCCUUCUUUGCAAUGACCAAGCUCUUUCAGUGCAACGACCAAACACUUAGAAGAGUGUGUUACUUGACAAUUAAGGAGAUGGCUAACAUUUCAGAAGAUGUGAUAAUAGUCACAAGCAGCUUGACCAAGGAUAUGACGGGGAAAGAUGAUGUAUACCGAGGUCCAGCAGUAAGGGCACUGUGUCGCAUUACAGAUAUUACAAUGUUGCAGGGGAUAGAACGUUAUAUGAAACAAGCUAUUGUGGAUAAAGUGGCCAGUGUAUCCAGCUCUGCCUUAGUUUCCUCUCUGCACCUUGCAUCUACAAGUUACGAUUCUGUGAAGCACUGGGUAAACGAGGUACAAGAAGCUGCUUCCAGUGACAACAUUAUGGUGCAGUACCAUGCCGUAGGUCUAUUGUUUCAUCUCCGAAAGACGGACCGCUUAGCCAUUACAAAAAUGGUAAAUAAAUUCACCAAGUGUUGCCUAAAGUCCCCAUUUGCCCUUUGCAUGCUGAUCCGCAUUACAAGUAAACUCCUUGAGGAGAUCAAUAGUCAGCAGAACAACUCCUUGUUUGAUUUCAUGGACAACUGCUUACGCAACAAACAUGAAAUGGUUGUCUAUGAAGCAGCAUCGGCCAUUGUCCAGCUUCCCAGCGGCACUGCCAGGGGACUAGCACCUGCAGUGUCGGUGCUCCAACUUUUCUGUAGUUCUUCCAAACCAGUUUUGAGAUUUGCUGCUGUUAGAACUCUGAACAAAGUUGCAAUGAGGCACCCAUCUGCCGUGACUGCCUGUAAUCUGGACCUUGAGAGCAUGAUCACGGACUCAAACCGCAGCAUUGCCACACUAGCCAUCACUACGCUAUUGAAAACUGGCAGUGAGAGUAGCGUGGAUCGACACAUGAAACAAAUCUCCACCUUUGUGUCUGAAAUAUCAGAUGAAUUUAAGGUGGUUGUGGUGGAGGCGAUCAGCGUACUUUGCCAGAAAUAUCCUCGCAAACACAGUGUUAUGAUGAAUUUCCUAUCCAACAUGCUGAGGGAAGAGGGUGGGUUUGAGUACAAGCGCGCAAUUGUUGAUUGCAUAAUUAAUGUAAUCGAAGAGAAUCCACAGAGUAAAGAAACCGGCCUAGCCCAUUUGUGUGAGUUUAUCGAGGACUGUGAGCACACAGUGCUUGCCACUCGUAUACUUCACCUGUUAGGCAGUGAAGCACAUAGGACUUCUGUUCCUUCCAAGUACAUUCGCUUUAUAUUCAACAGAAUAGUGUUGGAGAAUGAAGCAGUGAGAGCCGCUGCAGUCACGGCAUUAGCAAAACUUGGAGCCCAAAAUGAGGAGCUGUUUCCAAGCGUUCUAGUUCUUUUACAAAGGUGCAUGAUAGACUGUGAUGAUGAAGUUCGUGAUCGUGCAACAUUCUAUGUGAAUGUAUUACAACAACGGCAGAAAAUUCUCAACGCAAACUAUAUUUCUGGCGGUUUGUCUGUCUCUAUUCCUGGACUGGAACGAGCUUUGCAUCACUAUACCUUGGCACCUUCAGAUAAACCAUUCGACAUGAAGUCUGUACCCCUAGCCAAUGCUGUUUAUGUUGAGCAGAAAACUGAAUUUGCCCUUUUUGCGAAUAAACAGCUCGAGAAGAUUAUGCCAUUGCAUCAAGACAUAUUCCAAGAACAGCUUGCAGCUAUUCCAGAAUUCAAACAUCUUGGCCCACUCUUCAAAUCCUCACCACUCAUACAGCUCACAGAACCGGAGACUGAAUAUGUGGUCCGUUGUAUCAAGCACACAUUCCAAAAUCAUAUGGUUUUUCAGUUUGACUGUACCAAUACCCUGAAUGACCAAUUACUAGAGAAGGUCACCAUAGAGGUGGAGCCUUCGGAUGCAUAUGAUGUGGGCUGUUUUGUCCCGGUGCCAACUCUUCGCUUUAACCAACCUGGCACCUGCUACACACUGGUGAUGCUACCCGAGAAUGAUCCCACAGCAGUCUCCUGUACAUUCAGUUGUACAAUGAAAUUUGUCAUGAAGGAUUAUGGCCCCAGUACAGGACUGCCAGAAGCUGAAGGUUAUGAUGAUGAGUAUGUGUUAGAAGACUUGGAAGUGACUGUUUCUGAUCACAUACUGAAGGUCUUGAAGCCCAAUUUUACAAUUGCUUGGGACAAAGUAGAUGAGUUUCAGAAAGAAGAAACAUUUGCACUGUCUUCUGUGAAGACGUUGGAUGAGGCUGUGAAUAAUAUAAUUCGUAUCCUCGGUAUGCAGCCAUGUGAAAGAUCAGAUAAGGUACUGCCAAAUAAAAACACCCACACUCUCUACCUGGCAGGUGUUUUCAGAGGUGGUUAUGAUGUCCUUGUACGUGCCAGAUUAGUAGUGGCAGAAGGAGUAACAAUGCAAGUGACUGUCCGAAGUGAAAUAGAGAUGGCUGUGGAUGUUAUUCUGAAUUCUGUUGGUUAAGUUCACACUGGUUUAAUCCAUUUCAGUUUAUCCCAUUAGGAAAUGUUGUAUAUUUUACUUACUGGAGACUAAAUUAAAGUGAAUUAAACAUAAUGUUUAAUGUUAAAACUGGGAUUUUGGGAGAGAAUUUUCAGUUUGCACCAAGUUAAAUACUGUCAUGCAGCAUUGUUGGAGCCCAGUCAAUACCAAGAUUCAAAUGGGUGAACUACCCAUGAACAGCAAUGUUGCUGAAAUUUUAUUUUUGGGCUGUUUUGGUUUUUGCAUGUGAUUUGUGUCACGUUUUUAACGUCUGGAGAUCCUAGAGCCAAAUGUACCAUGAUCUUCCCUUAAGAAUUAUUUUUUUUUUAAAUCAGUUCCAUAUUUGUUGCAAUAAAGGCAAGGGAAAAUCCAAAAAGUACAUUUUUUGAUGUCUGAAUUACAAUCAGCAAGGUGUUGCUUUACAUACAGAGUAUGACUGAAUAUUCCUUCAAUCUAUGAUAUUUGCAAAUGUUUACAGUGUGUCAAAUGUUAAGGAAUUAAAAACUAUCCAAUUAGUUUAAAGAAUAAAUGUGAACAUUUACAGAAA